GCCAUUGAUUUUUGUUAUAUUUGCACUUGCUUUGGGGACAUUGAUUAUAUCUUUACAUUUUUUUGUUCAUUUGGGUUGAGAACUGGUUCCUCUGAUCAACCAACAUAGUGCCAAUCAUCUCUUGACAUACUACAUGCCUUGCAGUGACUUUUAGGAUGUUUUCAACCUGAGAUCUGAGGUCUUCUUAGCAGUUUAAAGAUUUUCUGAGGAAACAUCACAAAUAAAGUUUUUCACUCAUUGUGUUGUGUAAAAGCAACAUUAAUAUACAGUGAUCUCUGGCAUUUGAUGUGUUCACCUGUACUUCUUUGAAUAUCUUGUACUUGAUAGAUGCAUUAUAAUAUUUGUAGACUUCUGAUUGUUUUUUAUAUUCAGGUAUGGGGUAAUUACUGGAAAGAUCUGUUUGAAUAGGAAUGAAGCUUUGUAGUCCUCUAAUUUUGGGAAAACGUCCUGAAUUGUUUUUAUUCAUGUUAAGUAUAAUAGUAGCUCAUUUGCUAUGGUAUGUUACGUGAGAAGAAACAAGCUAUUGUAUGUAUACACCAAUUUUUAUUAGUGUCUGUUUGGGGGUGCAUGCACAGGGAUGGAGGACCAAAAUCCAACAUCUGGCUUGAUCUAGCAGAAUAUAAUGUUGUAUUCUGAAAAAUGACUUCUCAAGGCCAAAUGGAAAUGAUUGGUAGCUUGUUUUUGAGGACAUCAUGCUAGUCCAGGAGCAGACUUGUUACAAAAAGAAGUGAUUUGAGUCAAAAAUGAGGGACCAAAAUUAGAUUGACAUUUUUGCUAAGUUAUUUGAAAUAAGACAACAUUUUACAAGCACAUUAAGUGCACAACUAGAACUCGGGAAAACAUUUUAACCUCCAGCAUAACAUUUGGAGGUUAGGAUUGACAUAGUAGAAGAUUGGAGGGCAACAGCAAAAAUGACUAAUCCAGUAAUAUUUUGAAGGUUAAUGAGUGCAUCAUAGUCACAGUCACAGUCACUGAAGCUGGGGUGUCACAGGGGCUGGGAGAGCAGCCUGGUUUUGAUAAUAACUUGGGCUUUAUAGUACUCUCUCAAGAAAUGAUGCUAUACAAUAUGCAAAGAUCUGCAUUAAAGAGGGUUGAAUCAACUGAUUAAUUUUUAGUUCUUGAUUAACCUGAACCAGGCUUACUCCCAAUAGUAGGUUUUUUGUCAAGUCUGUACAAUCACCUGAAUACUGAUUUAUAUUUCAUUCUUUUAAUAGGCACAAACGACAGAUAUAAACAAGUGUUCCGUUUAAGCUUAGGUCGCAAAAAUUAAAAAGAGAAACGUUUAAAUAGAUAAAAGACAAAACAAUGGGAAAUUAUUAUGAGUCUUAAUGUUCCAGAACUCAUGCAAUUAAGUUCUUUAGUUUUUCCAGAAGGUAGCGCUGUUUUUCUAAAUUAAUGAACCCCUCUGUAGAUUGAACUUCAUUGGGGAGUGCUGUGCCUGGAGUGGCGUCUUUGAAUAAAUCAGCUAGAAAGAGUAGCAACCGUUUCUCUUAGUACGUGAGAAUGUCGGAUGGACAAGAAGGGAUCAGUUUUAUGAACUGCUAGUUGUGCGAUUAAACGAUUUUUAUUAAAAUAACAUUAAUUUAAAAUUCUGAUGUUUUAUAUGUUUUCUUAUUUUAAAUAAUAUUCCUGUUUAUGUCAAUUGUGCAAACUUUGUAAAGGAAUGGAAAACGAAGAGAUUUUCCAAUGUACAAUUUUCUUGAAAAGCAGACCAGGAACAGGAUCAGUUUUUGAGUUAUUUCGUAUAUGACGAGAGCCAUUUCGUUAGACAAUAGAGCAUGUAGGGGAUAUUAAUGAUUUCAGAAACCAUUAGGGUGUUUUGAUAGGUCGUUUUUCAGAUCCUAAUCCAUGGCUUUUUUAUUAGUGCGGAUUCCAGAUUCAUCUCAUCGUCGGUUGGGGCUGUCUUCCCAAUAUUCCAAGGAACAUAGACUGGAUUCAUCCAAACAGAGAGUCCCAGGAUGAAGCUGUUGGUCUGUACCCUGUUUUUGGCAGCAGCAGUGAUCCCUAUGAAAAGCCAGGCUGAUGGCAAAAGAGAGUUUCCUGACAGUGGGGAUGUGGAGUCAACAGAGGAUGAGAAACUCAGCCCUCCAGAACUGCCCUGGGAGACAAGAAGUGGGAAAGCUUGGGGAAACUUAAGGAACCACGGGGAGCACUCAGGCAGCUCUGAGGACAGAGCCUUGUCAUUAAAAGGAAACUUUCUUGUUGGCAGGACCAGCCUGACCCAGAGGAGGUGGCACAGUAAGCACCAAGGAUCCCGACUAAUUCGCAGCAUCCUGGGUGAUGCCAAGUGUGCCUACAAAAAUGGUGCCCCUGAGAGAAGCAAAAUAAAUGCCCCCUCGUUGGAAAUGGACUCCCAUGAUCACUCUCAAGACAGGCAGCCCCCUCCCACAGGUAUUACACUGUGGCCAUCAGAGAUACUGCCUGCCCUUCCCUGUCCCCAGCAUUGUGUCUGCAACCACACGGCUGUGAACUGCUCUGGAGCGGGUCUGACUGAGGUCCCUAGGGCAGGGAGCUGCCCCCUACACACAGAGAUACUAGAUCUGUCUAGGAAUAGAAUAACACAUCUGAGACCAGACGCUUUUGCUGACUUUAAGGACCUCAAAAAAAUAAAGUUUGGAUUCAACAGCUACAAGUAUGACUGCUCUUUGGCCUGGCUCAAAGAUUGGCUAGCUCAGGGCUCCCUGACUGUGCUGGACAGUGAAGAUGUCAGGUGCAGCCAGCCCUCCAGUGCGUUUGACGUGCUAGUCAAUAUGCUGGACUCUGCAGUUUCCCCCUGUGCUGACAGCUUUGUCUCCUGUGUGCCGAACCCCCACUCCCUGUCAGAUGCUGUUCUUCUCUACUUACGCUGCGAGCCCCAGGUGCGCGAUAAGAAAUCCUGUGAGGCCCUGUGCCGUCACCGUGGCUACUCGCACUAUGCUCUAGACCCUGCCCGUCACUGCCUGUGCGGCACCCUGGCUCCUCCGGCGUCUGUGCAGGCCCAGGCCUGCAGUGGUGUGUGCUCCAACAUCGUGCAGACCGUGGUCUGCGGCCGCACCAUCAUCCACACAGCCUUCCCUGUCCUGGUGAGCCUGGAGAUAGUGACUGCACCCUGGCAUAGUUUGUACCAACCAGUGGAGCUGAGUGUCAGUGCUGCCCUUCCUGUCUUCCAAUGGGAAUUUGGAGAUGGCUCACGACCUUACAACACAACAAAUACGCGAGUGCUCUAUAAAUAUGCCCUCCCUGGCACUUACAAAGUUGAUGUCCAUGCCAUGAUGGGGGGCUAUCAACUCUCCCUCAGUGUCUUUGUCAAAGUGGUGAUGCCCCUGGGGCAGGUACAGCUGGAGUACCCACUCCAGGCGGAAACAUUGAACACCUUGAAUUUCUUGGUCCACAUUGACAAGGGCACUGAUCUGUCUGCCAUGUGGAGUGUGAAAGACACAAGAGGCAAGGAAACUACUGUUCAUUCCAUCUGCCCUAGAGGCAGUCGGAUCCACUUGACCAAUAUGCACUGCUACUGGCUUGUCCAGACACAGGAGUCCUGGCAGGAUGCAAGACGGACCUGCCAGCAGACGACAGGGGGAGACCUGGCUGUCGUUAGCAGUGCUGACAUCCAGAGCUUCCUUCAGCAAACCUUCCCCUUGACUGACAAUGUCUGGAUUGGGCUCAGAGAUGGGACCUCUGUCAAGCCAGUCUGGGUUGAUGGGGCUCCAGCAGAUGUGUUCCAUAACUGGGGAAAUGCUAAUAAAAACCAGAAAGGCUGUGUCCAGAUGAUGAUGAGCUUAAUGGGGCUUUGGAAAAGCACUGACUGUGGUACAAAAAUCCCAUUUAUCUGUGAGAAACACACAUCAGCUCUCCUGCCUGGUCCUGACACAUUCCUGGCUGGAGUCCCAGUAAUGACAGGUGUUUACAAAGUGAACAAUCUGUCUGUGCUCCCUGCUCCCCCUGGUCUGGGACAGAGCAAUGUGGAGGUGAUGCUGUUUCCAGGCCUGUGGUUCAGCCAUGCUGGGCGGGUGGUGUCAGUAGAGUUUGUGAUCCAGCCUAUUAAAAACCAGACUCGAGCGAGAGUCCAGGUCCUUCGCCCUUACUGCAGCCCCAGCCAGCACCUCGUCCCACCAGGCUGCAGUGUCCUGCUCAACCCCUUCGCUUGCUGCUCCACAGAGCCCCUCUGCAACACCACUGGAGGCUGUGCCAGAGGGCAGCAGUGGUGCCACCUACAGGAUAGCUGCCAGCCGCUGUCCAGCCCCUGCAGUUCCUACACACCCCAGGGCCAGUCCUUUGGGAGGCCUCCCCGCCACACUGCCACCCCACCCUUCUACCACCUCGUAGCAGACCUGCCCCUCAGCCUGCCCCACAGCUCAGAGCAAGUGCACGUCAAUGUCCUCCUCCUCAAGCGGGAGAUUAACAUCUUUCCAGACGACAUCCUGGCAGUGCAGCACGAUGCUGGCGCAGGGUCUUUCCUGCAGUGCCCACGGAGCGAUGAUUCCCCCUGGCGUCAGAGCUACCUCUCCCUGCGCCGGACAGGCUGGUUGGAAGGGGGGGUGUCUGCCCAGCCCAGUCAGUCUGUGUGGGUGGACGAGGUGGUGUGCGACCUGAGAGUGCUGUACUCUGACAGCCUGCAGGGAUAUGCUGUCACUUCACCGCUCGGCACAGGCCACAGGGACCCGGGCUCCUACACAUACAGCAUCGCAGUGAGCAACCCUGUGAGCAGCACUACAGCCUGCUGCACUGUGGAUGUUCGCACACCGGUAUGGGGGCUCCAAAUCAUCCACCCACUUCCGGUCGGAGGAAUGAUACACAUUCCAGUGAACAAGCCCACGCUUAUUGUGAUCAAGAUCUUGUCUGGGGUCAAUGCUACCAGCUCCUGGUCAGCUCCUGUUCUGCGCAGUGGGAUCGCCUUCAGCUCCUCUUGUCCAUCUGCUCUGCUUGCCUAUGUGCCAGGAUGUACAAGAACCACCCCAGACACCUGGUUCUCAUAUGCCUAUGCCACUGUGGCCCUGCCAGUGUCCCAGAUCCUCAAUAUCUCUGUCUCCAAUGGAGUCAGUGCACAGAACCUCUCUGUGGUACUGCAGUCUCACCAGGAGGUACAAGGGCUCAGGAUGAAACCACAGGGGGAUCGGAGGAUGUUAGUGGAUGUAUCCCAGGAAUUCAGAGCAUCAGUCAGAAGUGGUUCUUCAGUCACCUACACCUGGGUCAUAGAUGACUUGAUUCUGUUUGCUUAUCACGGGCAGACAUAUAGUGUAGUAUUCCGAAAACCUGCUGUGUAUAACCUAAAGGUAACAGCAGAGAAUCCAGUGAGCUCAGAGUCCCUGGAUGUGAAGCUCACAGCUGAUCUUAUGAAGCCCCUAGAAGAUCCUGUGUUCCUCUCUGUUGCGGAGGUCAUGGCUGUCAACACCUCUCAAGUGUUUGUCUUCAGGGUGAAAGUUGACGUGUCCAUUGGCGUCACAUUCAGAUGGGACUUUGGAGAUGACAUCCCAGCUGUGAGCCACUCUUUCUCUCCCCCAUAUGAUGCUGAUCAGAGAAAACAGAUUUACCUACAGGACUCUGCCAGCCACAUCUACACUCAGCCAGGUAACUACAGUGUACGGGUUGAAGUUUUUAACAGUUAUGACAGGACAGAGAAGGCUGUUUUAGUAAUGGUGCAGAGUCCACUAUCUGGGCUAUCCCUCUUCCUAACUCCAGCCUACCCUGCUGUCAACCAGGAUUUUGAGCUAAGAGCUCUUCCAAGACCUUCCACUUAUGGAGUUUGUUAUCUAUGGAACUUUGCUGAUGGCUCCAAGGAAAUUAAGGAAUGCAAUUCCAAAGUCAGCCACACUUUCAAAACAGCAGGUGUGUACAAUGUCACAGUAACUGCCAAUACCAUGUUCAACAUGUGGAGGUCCUGGAUGGCUGUGGAAGUUGUAGAAAGAAUCGCAGGUCUCAAAUUAAGUUACAAUGGACCCAAUGAACUGGGGACCCCUACAGUUCUCAAAGGAACUGUGUCAUCGGGUACCAGACUCUUUUGGACUUUUGACAUGGGUGACGGGCAUGUGUUUUCUAACGUUUCAGAUGCUUCGAUCUCCUACAUUUACAAGUCUGCUGGGAAUUACUCUGCCAGGAUUAAUGUGGACAAUCCCGUCAGUCAUGCUUUUCAAUCAAUUAGUGUGGAGGUAUACAGACUAAUCAUAGGUGGAAUCCUUCCAUCAGGCUGCUUUGUGGCCAGACGUGAGGUUCCUUUUCAAGCCUUGGUGUCUGGGAAAGAAUCUGCUGUGACGUUUCACUGGAUAUUUGGUGAUGGAAGUCCCCUGGCUAUUGUCCAGGGAAAUUCCACAGCUGUUCACCGUUACGCCAGCCCAGGUAUCUAUUAUGUGAACAUCACAGCUUUUAGCCCAGUAAGGUCAGCUUCAUAUCAAACUGAAGUUUGUAUGGAAGAUCUCAUAACCUCUUUGGCAAUAAACUCUUCACAUUCUGCGGCAGCAGUGGGGCAGGAGAUUUGUUUCAAUGCUUCUGUAAUUCCAAAGCCAGAUGAACAACAGAGUUACCAGUUUCUGUGGUACACAAAUUUCUUCAACCGAUCACCCACCAGGGGUUCCUCAAAUUAUUGUUGUAUUUUUAAAGAAGAAGGGUCCCAUCAUGUGAAAGUGGUAGUAAGCAAUAAUGUGAGCAACAGGACAGCCACAGUAUUGGUAAUUGUGCUAAUGCCAGUAAGGGAAUUAAUUAUGAAACAAGAUAGAGGGCCCCCUGGGGCUGUGGCUGUUAACAAGUCUUACGCAUUCAUGGCUGAAGCCUCUUCAGGAACCAAUGUCACAUUUCAGUGGGAUUUCAGUGAUGGAUCUUAUAUUAGACAUGGACAAACGGUUUCUCAUGUCUACACAUCUCCAGGACGGUUUAACGUCUCCGUUACAGCAUUGAAUGCAGUCAGCAGGGAAAGGGUCACAUCGGAAUUCAAUGUGCUGAUCCCCAUUUCUGACUUGGUUCUGAUCACCGAUCGGCCUGUUGUUGAAGUGGGUCAAGAGAUGGUAAUAACAGCUACAGUAAACGUUAUGGUAAAUGUUAGUUUUUACUGGUUGUUUCACCCAUCUUUCACACCUGAGCUGGGAACAUCAACUUUUAAGCACAUAUUUUUGAAAGCAGGUGUCUAUAACAUCUCAGUGGUUGCCCAAAAUCCAAUUAGCAAACAGCAAGCCACCAUUAGGAUGGAAGCAUAUGAGAGAAUAUGUGGAUUAAGUAUCAAGAGUCAGGAUCUGAUUUCAGAAAGGUAUAUUCCAACUGGAACAAAUGUUAGGUAUUCUGCAUCUGUGGCCCAGGGUUCUAAUGUGACUUUUGAGUGGUUAAUUUAUCAGAAUGCAAGCAACAGACCUCUAAGUGAAGGGGAAAACGUCACACUCCAUACUGAUACUCCUGGAGACUUUGUGGUGAUCCUAAAAGCUAGAAACCCUUUGGGACUGGUGAAUAGCAGUCUUUUGCUUAGGGCUGUGGAGCGCAUUGCAGGAGUUAAGGUAUUAACAGAAGGAGAUAUUGUACCUUUGGGUAAGCCCAUCAAGAUCAUGGUUAGUGUGGAUACUGGGACAGACCUUCAGUAUAUCUGGCGUGUGGACUCAAAUCACUCUCCUCUACUGUCAAAUGAAUCCUUUCUUUUUCACGCAUAUAGACUCAUUGGCACUGUUGUCAUUAAAGUAUCUGUGACCAACAUGUUGGGCUCCAGUGAAGGCUCCAAGCAGCUCAGUGUCCAGGAAGAAGUAAGUGAAGUGGGUUUUCUCAUCCAGGGUACCCUAGGUCCAUUUUAUGUCCCAUCAGACUCACCUGUGGCACUUGAAGGGUAUGUAAAAAAAGGAAAUGAUUUGAGAUGGGAGUGGAAAUUUUCUAGGAGAACUGGUUCUACCCUUUUGUACAAUCAGUCAGUUAUUCAUUCCUUUCAGGAGGCUGGAAAAUACCUAGUGUCCCUCAAUGUGUCAAACAAUAUAAGCUGGAAAGAUAUAGCCCAUGAAGUCAUAGUUCAGGACACAAUCCAGGGGCUGACAGUAAACGCUAGCCACUCCACACUCUGUGAAGGAGAUCAACUUGUUUUUAAGGUGACAAUCUUGAAAGGCAGUGAUGUUCACUUUUCUUUGAACUUUCCCACUCUAAAUUACCUGGUUAAUCUUGAAACGGACACCUACAUGACAUCUGACCUUCCAGUUGGCAAUCACUCAGUCACUGUAAGAGCCAGAAACCAUGUGAGCUCCUCUGCUACAGUUCUAAUGGUAGAGAUAGUCGAGAAAAUUCAUGGGCUUCGCCUAGUAAAUUGCUGCUUUCAUAUUCUGGAGGCCAAAAAAGAAGUGAGCUUCCAAGCAGAGCUCCAGAGUGGAUUUCAAGUGCAUUACCAGUGGACUUUUCAAUUGUCUGGAUACCCUCUUUUGCAAGCAGCUGGGGCAAAAGUCUUUUAUACCCCACCAGCCAAUGGCUCUCUUACUGCAACCAUUGUGGCCAGCAAUGCUUUCUGCUCUCUGUCCUUGACUGAAAAUGUGAGUGUGCAAUCCCCAGUCCUUCAUGGAGAGAUGUUUUCUAACUUGACAGAUGUCUUCAUUCACCAACCUCUUGAAUUUUGGGUCCUUGUAAAGGAAGGCAGCGAUUUACUUUACAGAUGGAACUUUGGUGACUCCAGGAAGACAGUUGUUAACAGGAACAGCACAGCCAUCCAUCGCUAUCACACUCCUGGGAGAUAUCUGGCAGAAGUGACUAUCUUUAACAAUGUCAGCAACUUCACUACACAGUUGUUCAUUAAUAUUAGGAAGCUGGAAUGUAAUGUACCAAAGGUUGACCUUAUUCAGGGAAAACCAAGGAUCCUGAAGUCCAGACCUAGUUACUUUGAAGCCAGUGUGGAUCUUCAACGUUGCACUGCUUACAAGGCUGGCUACCUAUGGGAGGCAUUCUGGGGUCCAGACUGCCUAGAGAAAGACAGGAAGCCCUUGCAGAAUAUUGACGUGACUUCCCUUUUAUUGGUUCUGCCCAAGUUAACACUUGAAGUGGGCUCCUACUGCCUGAGGUUCACUGCUGCUCUUCAGGGCACUCCUUUGUUGCAGUCUAAGAGUGUGAAUAUCACAGUAUUGCAGAGCCAGCUGGUAGCCCUUAUCAAAGGUGGCUCUCAUAGAGUUUGGGCAGCACAAGAGGAUCUGCUGUUGGAUGGCUCAGGAUCACAUGACCCUGACAUUGUGGGAGGUGAAGAUAGAGACCUGCAGUAUUUCUGGAGCUAUGCUGUUCAGAAUACAACAGUAUCCUCGCUCAGACCCAGCAUCCUGAACAACAGCAGCACAUUUAUCCUCUCCAGGUUUAACCUUCAGCCUAAUGCUCUUUAUGUCUUUACGCUUACUGUCUUCAAAGCAGGGAAACUUCCAGCCUCCACAACCCAGUCUGUGAUGGUGAGGCUUGGCAGAGUCCUGCCAGUGAACAUCCAGUGCCGGUCUUGCAGCGCUUUGUCCUCUUAUCGUGUGAGUCACAGUGUCCAUGUCGUUUUGUCUGGACAGUGUAAGGGCUGCAGCAAUGAAACACUUUAUGAGUGGACUGCUGAAGGAUCACAUGGAGAGGUUCUGGAACUGAACAACGUGUCGACAACAACGGGGAACUCCUUCCCAGACUUAGUCAUAAGGAAAGGGGUUCUGCAGAACGGAGUCCACUACAACUUCACCCUUAGUGCUGCUCACCCCUCUAAGGAAUUCUGGGGAUCUGCCAGCAUCAUAUUAGUACCCAACUACCCCCCUAGUGGAGGCAUUUGCACUCUUACUCCCAAUAGCACCAUCUAUCUCCUCGAGACUGUUGUCACUUAUCACUGCUCAGGCUGGAUGGAUGAAGACGGAGACCUGACUCAGCUGAUCUACACCAUGCAUGUAGAGGUGUGCCAGCACAGAUACCACCAGUGCCACCUUCUCACCCUAUACAGAGGCACCAAGUCAACAUUCAGCACACUGGUACCAGUGGGUUCAACAGAGUCAAGCAGUUUUUCUCACAUUAGUGUGCUGAUUGAAGUGGAGGAUGCCCUUGGGGGCAAAGUCAUCGCUCUCAACAGUACCCUUACCGUGCUCCUGCCUGUAUUCCCUGUGGAAAGUCAGGGAAUGAUGGAAUGGCUGACGAACAAGAGCCAAUCAAAGCUGUGGGACAUGACCCAACAAAGCAACCCACAGGAAGUGAUCCCCUACUCUAUUGCUCUUACUAGCAUGCUCAACCAGAUACAAAAUGUCAAUGAGUGGGACCGUCAGGACUUGAUCAGAAUCCGCAGCAACAUCACACAAGUGCUGACCUCUCUCAGCAUGUCCACCAUGCACGAUGUGGCUCAGAUUAGCUCUGCCCUGGCACAGUGUGUGGUAGGUUAUGCCAAACAGGCUGUACCCCAUGAAUUUGUGUGUGGAGAAUGCAAGAUCAAGACUCUUGAAGCCACUAGGAAGAUGAUUGCAAUGAUUGAGGACAAGACUGUGUUGGGAGAUGACACCCCCGUUUCCACUGGCACCAACGUUCUGCAAAUCUUGGGUGGCUUGAUGGCUGCAGCAGGUCACAGCACCGACUCGUCAAAGAUCCCGGAGAUCACAGCCUCUGCCUUCAGCCUAGUUGGGGACCUCAUGCGCUCUCUGAUGCGCUCACGGGUCCCCAGAGAGGAGGUCUUAAAACUGACUGCUCCUGAGAUCAGAGUCAUGGGCCACCGGAGUGAGACUGCCGACUUAAUGUGCACGAGUCCUUCAUCACCCUGCCAGUUCUACAUCCCAAAGGGGCUGAGCAACCAGCUGAAAGAGAAGAGGGAGGUCGUCCAGAUCCUCAUGAAGAUGGAUGCCAACCUCUUUUCUGCUAACCCACCCAUUUCCACAGAGCUGGCUGCCAUGGAGUUCAGCACCCCAGAGGGCCUUCCCAUUCCCAUCUCCAACCUUUCCAAAGAGAAUGCCAUCCAUGUGAUGCUUGAAACUCAGAAGGGAGUUGAUGGGACCACAGCUCUUAUCAUCAACCCUCAAGGGUCAGUCAAUUUCACAGUGAAAGCCAUAGAAACAAAUCCCAAAGCUGGUCUGUUCAUCUCCUUUAACUUCACUCUGCACCCAGGUUUGAGGCCAGAGAGUAGCCCCAUGGUGAGAAUCUUUAUUGAUGACCACCCUGCACCUUCUGAGAACCAACACUUACUCAGGAGAGACAUCCUCCUGACCUCUACCUCGGAGACAAGCCAUGUAGAAGAAACCAUCUUCCUUUCACCUCUGCACAAUGGCACAGUGUGGGAGUACCACGUGAAUAUCAGCAGCCUCCUGGUGGGCCAGGAAGUCCAAGCCUCAGUGUGCGUCUUCAGCUCUCUCUGCCAGUACUUCAGCCUUGAAGAAAGGCGUUGGAGCAGCCAGGGCCUGAGCCCCCUGAAUGGCAGCAGCCUGAAGACGGCACACUGCCUCACCAAGCACCUCACUGUGUUUGGAGCCAGCCUCUUCGUCCAUCACAGUGCUCUUAUCUUGCUUCCACCUUCAGAGGGUCCAGCUCAGAACCACGUGGUGGGGAUCGUCUGUGUGAUCCUGCUUGUGAUCUACCUGGCCACCGUCCUCAUUGCUCACAAGAUGGACGACAUUGACAUCACCCGAGUGGGAACGAUUCCACUGUGUGGGCAGUCGGGCCGGUACCAGUACCAGGUUCUGGUGAAGACAGGUUGGACCAGAGGCUCAGGCACAACAGCUCAUGUUGGUAUCAGCUUGUAUGGGCUCAACAAGAGUGGCUCUCGUCACCUCGAUAGAGAAGAAGCUUUCCAGAGGAACAGCCUGGAUGUUUUUCAGAUUGAGACAGAUGCCAACCUGGGGGAGGUCUGGAAAAUCCGCAUCUGGCAUGACAAUACUGGCCUGGACCCAUCAUGGUACCUGCAGUACGUCAUUGUGUGGGAUAAACAGACCAGCAACAUGUUCUUCUUCCUGGUGGAGGACUGGCUCUCUGUAGAGAAUGAGACAAAUGAGGGAAUGGUAGAGAAGGAAGUGCUGGCCACUUGCCCUCAGGAGCUCCUCCGAUUUUAUCGGAUUUUCAGAACUCAGCUGAUCCGGGGAAUCUUCGACCGACACCUCUGGGUAUCGGUGUGGGAACGCCUGCCCCGGAGUCGGUUCACUCGCACCCAGAGGGUCACAUGCUGUGCCCUUACACUGUUUCUGUACCUGGGUGCUGGUGCAGUGUGGUAUGGGGCUGUGGGACAGAGAAAUAGCAGUGGUCCUGUCUCAGCUCACAUGUUGGUGAAUGCGGAAAUUGUUGCCGUGGGGAUGACAGUGGCUGCGCUGGUGUUCCCCAUCCAAUUGCUCUUCAUCGUCCUGUUCAGAAUGACCCGCAGCAAGGUGAUAGUGGAGGACCCAGAGUCAUGUGUCGCUGCCCCACAGACUGUGGAGAUGGAUGUGUGCCUGGAACACUCUGAGCUGGGCAGCUCCUCCUUCCUGUCUCUCCCAGGGGGACUGGACUCCAUCUUGGAUGGAGUGUCUGAGUCCUCGGAAUCACUGGAAAGCAGGAGGUCAGAAUCAUCCCUGGGUAUUCCAGCCAAACAGGAGCAUGAGAGCUCUGUGAACCCCUGGGCCUCCUGUGACAGUAUCUUUGACAUCCCUGACCUGUUGGCCUCCGAGCCAUCCCUGAAUCGGGCCCGUAUCCUGAAGAGAAAGAAGGCUCUCCUACAACUGAGCAUUGAGUCCCCGGCGAGCUCUGCCGAUGACCCUCUGGUGCUCUCGUGGUCCAAACCUGAGGUCACACAAGGACUGGAGCAAAACCAGCUCACUGUCUCCGAGGAGGACCUGAUUAAAUCCAUUGCUGCAGACAACGUGGUACAAAGCACUUCCUCUAGUAGAGUGACCUCCGACAGUGGCCGCUACUCACCCUGCGCUGACACUGAGCUCUCUGAUCCGUUGGAGAGCUCCUGCAGUGGAUGGUCUGAGUUCAGCGAUGAGAGGAAACCAUACUCAGGUCAGCUGCACAAAACCAGCUCAUCCAUUUCAGGACUCACUUCUGCCAGCAGCUUCAUUCCCAGUCCCUCGCCAGCUUCUGUGUGCAGCAUGUUCUCCACCCGGCUCGGAGUGCCUCGCAGGGCUCCCCGCCGGCUCUUCCCUCCCCAGGUGCUGAGUGUGACCUACCUGCUGGCACUGCUGGUUUUAGGCAGCAGCCUGGCAGUUGCUGUGCUUUAUGGCACCACCUUCCAUAACUCGGUGGUUCUCAUGUGGCUCAUCUCGACCUUCUCAGCCUUCCUCACCUCUGCUGUUCUGCUGGAACCUGCGAAGGUAAUUGUGCAGUCCUUGUUCCUGGCCCUGGUUAUGAAGCCAGUAGAUCCAGAUGAGGAUGAUACGCUUGUGGAGGAGCCUGUGGUUAAGAAGGUCUCUGAGAGGAUCAGUAAGGUCAGGCCGCCCUGUGGCUAUGGGUUGCUCCAAGCCAAGGAGGAGGCACGCAAGGUCCGGGCACUGCGCACUCUUAUGAAGAGCUGCAUUGCCCACAUGAUGUUCCUCUUGGUCGUACUGGUUGUGAACUACCAGGAUCGUUUACAAGGCGACCAUGGUAGAUUGUUACACUCUGCUGUCAAGCGGUCGCUGGUUGCAGGUUCUGGGGAAGGCAUGAAUGUCAGCAUGAUCAGAGGGGCAGCAGAAGCUUGGUGCUGGAUGCAAAGGAAUCUGGUUCCUCAUCUGUACCAGAACCCCUCUCUCCAGCUGCUGGGUGUGGCCCGACUGAGAAGGCUGCAGUCUGGGAAAGGCUGCUGGAACCAUGGGAUUGCUGGCCUCACCUCCAGGGAUAUUUCUUUACAUCCUACUGUCCACGCUUGGCCAAACACCCACACAUGGGACUUAAACUUCCACCAAAACAUAAGUUCAAAUCACAGACAGCCUUUCCCAUCAAAUUCCUUCAUGUGGCUCUGGUACUUGGGACAGUUUGGGGUUUACAGCAGUGAGGAGGAGGUAGUGGACCUUGGGAACAGCACAGAGUCCACUAGGCAGCUUCUGGCUGAGCUGAGCCAGGCAUCUUGGAUAAACACAAUGACAAGAGGAGUGUUUGUGCAGUUCACCCAGUACCAUCGAGACACUGGCCUGUUUGUGGUGGUUACUGUGCUGAUGGAGUGGCAUCAGCCAGGUUCUGCUAUCACCUCUCUCAGUAUACUGCCUGUUUGCAUGCCCUCCUCUUCCUUAGUCCCGGACCUGCAGGCAGUCAUGAUGGUCGUUCUGCUUCUGCUUGCCCUGUCCAUCCUGGGCUCUGAGCUCCACACGCUGUCCAGGGAGAGGUGCCUGUACUUCAGGCAAGGCUGGCACUACCUUCAACUUCUGGUGGUGCUUCUGGCACUUGGAGUAGCAGCUCUGCACUUCGCCUUCCUGUCCCUGUCAGCCAGCCUGCUGAGACACCACUGCCACAACCGCCACUCCUUCACCAACUUCCACACUGCAGUGGCACUGUCUGAGGCCUCGUCAAGCCUCUCUGCCAUCCUGCUCACAAUACUCAUCCUCAAGAACGUGCGCCAACUGCGGUUUGUGCGACGCUGGGCAGUGUUCGGGAAGACCAUCCAGCUGGUCUGGAAGGAGCUGUGUGGGGCAUCUCUCGUCCUGCUGCUCCUUUUCCUGAUUCUUGCCCAGACAGGGUAUCUGCUCUUCUCCGACACUGUGGAGGAGUUUAGGACAUUUGGAUGGACGUGUUUCUCCCUGGCCUCUGGGCUCUGGGGGAAAACCCGCCUGGGGAUAGUGGCUCACAGACACCCUAUCUCUGGUCUGCUCUACCUCCUGACAGUCCUGGGGGGACUAAUGUGGGUCCUCAGAUGGUUGUUUGGCACCAUGCUGAUUCAGAGCUACCGCGCCAUACAGACAGAGAUGUACAGGCCGUCCAUGGGCCCGCAGGACUAUGAGAUGGUGGAGUUUUUCAUCAAGAGGUUCAAGCUGUGGAUAGGAAUCAGCAAGACCAAGGAGUUCAGACACAAAGUGAAAUUUGAAGGGAUGGAGUCUUUGCCCUCAAGAUCAUCUCAUGAUUCCAAAAUGUCUGAGCCCGUUUCAUGUGGCCUCGACCCAACUCGCCUGGGCUCAGCCCUUUCCCUGGGUUCAGAGGACUCCAGUGUUUCAGAGAGCAGCCACUCAGAGGAUUAUGAUGUCUGUUUCUACAUGGAUCGCCUCCUGCCCACUGUUAACAACCUCCUGGCCCAGUUUGACCGUGUCAACAAGGUCAUCGAGGACCUUUACCAGAUUGAGGUCGACCUUCAAAAAGCACAAAGCCAGAUUUCUGAAAAACGCAAACAGAGAAAGAAAAGCCUGAUAAAGCAGCCAACAACAGCUCCCCCUCAUCUCUUGCCUUCUCUUCCUCCCUUAUCCACUGUCUCUGGCACUCUCAGACUGCCUCGAACCCAUACCACUUUCUCUGAAUCAGCCCUCUCACGCCUACGCCCACACUGCAGCCAGGUGUCUGACCCUGGUCUUUUUGACAACUGUGUCCCAGUUCGCAGGCCUUCCCUGAUGGACACUGGGGUAACAAGAGUCCCAGGGCGGAGAGCCUGGAACUCAGGCCCGUCUCUCUCUGCUGACAUCACUCAGAGACCUUACCCACCUGCUGGCAGCACAGUCAGAGACCGUCCAAAGAGCGAGGAAGGAAAAAGAGGACAGAGAAGUGACCAGGCACCAGUAAAGAGGAGGGCUUGGCACCAUGAUGGGACAUGAGAACAUGAAAAAUCUUGGGAAAGAAAUUGAGUGAUAGGAUUCAUUGACUAUGUAUUAACAAUGAAACACCACCACUACAUCAGAAUAAAAGCUCUGAGCUUUCAAUGUACUUCAAGUGGCGGUUG